UCCUGUGCUCGGUCAUCAUUUCACAAGCCAGCAGCCUCUUUGCGAUGCGGUGACCAGAACCAACGCGACUGUUCUCUCGUUCCCUCCUCGAGCUCGAACCCCUGACCACAGCCCUCUCCUCAAAAAUGUGUAAGACCGUACAAUACGUUUGGCUGUGCAGCCACGCGGCAACGAAGCGCUUCCGGAACAGUAUCUGCGACUCGGCCGGCGUGCGAGAAUGCCAUAUUCAAGACGCUACGACGGUCGUCGGACAUCCAUGCGAAGAGUGCAUCAAGCGACGCGCAUCGAUGACAUGGGUCGGCAAUGGCUCCGAGUAUCCUGCCCUCGACGAUGACUGGUACGUUCCCAGCAGGUGUUUCAUCGACGUCGGAUUUCGGACUUUAGAUCCCUUCCAGGAGGACAAAUCCAGAACUUCGACACCACGUACAUCGGGAGCUCCUCAUGACGACGACCAAAUCCCACCGGAGAUGGCAAUACCCCCGCAGUCAGCCACGCUGACAUCGCCCACGAAGAAUAAAAGUUUGUGGAGACGACUCGUUGAUCGAGUUACUUCCUGUGUUGAACGAUUCACCACCAGAAGGAGGUCGGGGCCCCUAUCGAGUCCCUGUUGUGUGGAAACGGCGAAAUCCCGCAAAUUCGUGUUUGGUCGGCUGGAGGACCCAGGGAAUCGUUCGAGUGGGCAUUAUGGCAGGAUCCUGGAAGAUCAUUGCCAGUCGCCUUUUUGAGCUGGUAUUGGGAUUUCGACGAUCCUGAUGAUAGCCUCAUGUCGGUUCUUGAUGACUUUGGACGGCA